AACCACAAUGCGCAUUCAGCUUGUGCCGAUGACUCUGCAAGUCUCGUCUCUGCCCGUCUCUGCUGAUAAGUCAUUUUAAAGUUGGAUUUAAUUCUCAAAAUGCCUCAGUUCAUUUCUUGCUGGACGGUACUGGUGAUCCUUGCCAUUUCUGGUCUUCCCUGUCAGGCCGACAUACAAAUUGCCGGUAUUUUGGACGGUACAGUCAUCUUACCUCCUUGUGUGAUUGAUGAGGUACCAAAAAGAAUCACUUGGUCCAUCUUCAACAAUGUUACCUACAUUGCUACAUUAAUAUCUGGAUCAACUAAAGUAGAUAUGAGGAGAGACUUCAAAGACAGGCUUGUUCUGGACGCCAGCAAGGGAUCACUUAAGAUAAAAAACCUGCAGCUGACAGAUAGCAUGAGCUACAAAGUGAAUAUAAUCAACAGCACAAAACAAUGCAAUGAGGUAGUGAAUCUACAAAUUAUUGAACGUGUUCAAAUUCAAAAGACUGCUGAGUACGGAGAGUGCCGAUUCACUUUGAAAUGUUUAGUUCCAAACCACUCACAUUUUAAUUACGUUUGGAAUCUUGCUGACGACUCCAGUGUAAGCGGACCCAUACUGAAGGUGGAUAUUCCUUUCAACACAACACGGUCCUUCACCUGUGUGGCUUCCAACAACAUAACCACAUCAACAGCUACUGUGACAGAGCACUGUAGCAAUACAGCAAAUGUGGACAGAAAUAGAAGUCUUUAUUUCGCCUCCACCUUUGGACUUUUAAUAUACUUUGUGAGCUUCUAGAAAUCUACUAGGCUGAUUUUCUACUGAUUUUCAAAAAGGACGAUCAAAUCACAAUGCUGUUUUUUUUUUUGAUAAAUAAUGAACAUUAGAACAACAGAUCUGAAGUUUCAUCUGAAGCGACUGAAGAAAUUGAAAGAAGUCAAAUCUAGACCUUUGGUAUUGUGUUACAAAUAUGGACCAUUAGGAGAAAGAUUCAUUAAAAUCUUGCGUUGCUGUUAGGGAUUCAUUUUUUUAUAUUAUUUGCGAACAGCUAAAUCUUGAUUCUCAAAAUAAAUCUUGUAUAACAAUAUAUAUAUAAAAUAAAAAUAAAAAUUUAAAAAAACGCUUUUAUCCGAAAAGUCAAAUUAAUAAUUCUGCGAAUCUCAUUGUCUUGCAUGUUUUAUUAUUUGCUACAUAAAUAUUCUUAUCAAUCAUGAAAUGUAUACGAAGCAAGUCAAGUGUGCAGAAUUGCCAGAGAGCUUAGGGGUGAAUGAAAAAAGCAAAUCUGUGGAUAAAGGAUUUGCACUCUUCCACAGAUUCCUCGUAUUCUGCAGCUGCUUCGUCAUCAUAAUUUUCAUAUAAACAGACAGCUAUUAAAGUGAUCUGAAAUAUACAACCAUAGCGGUUUGGAUUUAGUUUUGUUAAAAUAUCAGAUGUUUGUUUGGUCUCCUUCAAAACGAGUUCAUUAAAACAUAAGUUAAAGAUUUGAAAAUGUGUCCUGAUAAAAAAUAAAAAAAACGCUUGAUAUAUCAUAUUUAAACUACUUAACCCACAAAUUGCUUGAUGUGAUUAUGUUGACUUGAUUUUGAUAAGCCGUUUUUAAUACAGACACUUAACACAUAAGAUGCUCCACGGAACACUCAGAGCAGAAGUUCUGCAGAACUCCCCCAGUAAUGUUGUUGAAGCUGACACCCUGGGAUCCUUCAAGAAGCUGCUUGAUGAGAUUCUGGGAUCAAUAAGCUACUAACAACCAAACGAGCAAGAUGGGCUGAAUGUCCUCCUCUCGUUUGGAAACUUUCUUAUGUUCUUCUGUUCUUUGAUCUAGUGGAAUUCUAUGCAGUAUUUGUUGUCCAUUAUCUAAAAAGUGGCUUUCACAAUCAUUCAUUGUACAUUUUUCCAACAUGCUUAACUGAAGUUUUUAGCUGUUAUAUUAUUUUUAUAUACAUUUUUGUAACUUUUAACGAGUUUCCAAAUAUCAAUAAAAAUUUACAUUGAUUCAUA